AUGUGUGUGUUUGUGUGGGUUGGGGGAGGGGAGGGGUCGAUGGCUGGGCGAUUUCGCGGCGCGGUGGGGGAGUUGUCGAGACCGCGGAAAAGCAGGGCGGCGCGGAAGGCGAAGAAGAAGCGGACUGUGGCGUUGGUGAGGCGGGCUCCCAAACUUUCGUCGGAGUGUCUUCAGCAGCGCAUCGCGGAACUGACGGGUGCCGCCGCAAAUGACGACGAGAAGGCGAACGCCGCCAAAAACACGCGCGUUAAAAUUUUGUCCAACGCCACCGCGCGAGCAGCUGCCACCGCGUCGCAAAAACCGGUCGGCAGGGCGGCGAUGGAGAUUGUCGGGAAACGGACGGAGAGGCUGGUGCCCAAAACAGACGUCGCCGCUGAGCGCACACCUGCGGAGGCGAUGGGCCUGAAGCUGCUGCACCGCGCCGUCAAGGAUCAAAGCCACAACCGCCUGUUGCCUCACCAGAACCGACACGAAUAUGAGUACCGUCUGCGCACCGUCGCCACGGCAGGUGUGGUGCGCCUCUUUAAUUCACUCGCCCAGGCUCGAAAGGCGGGGGCGGUGGUUGAAAUGGAGGAGAAGCACAUGACAGCAGAGAAAGUUCAUGAGAAGAAGCAAGUGGCCACAAAAGAGGCCUUUCUCGCCGCCCUCCGUCAACCGCGAAAGAUGGAUCUGUAG